AUGCCGCCGAAAAGGGCAAAGAAGGGGGCGGCGGAUAAAAAGGAGGAGGACCUCGGUAACCACCCGCAGCCACCGAAUGUCUUCCUCUACAUCCAGCUGGCCAACAUAGCGAAUCUGCCGGAAACGAAGCAUCCGAUGGAGAUUCACAUUACCCAAGGAGGCAGUUUGAUCGUCAAAUGCGAUGAGCACUACAACACGGAUGGGAUCAUAGUACAGGCGGAAUUCUACGGGAAGCCCACGUUCACACUGAUCUUCCAGCAGGACAAUGUGGACAGGAUCAAUCAUGCGGCGGAUAAUCCUCUCCUGAUUCAACUGUACAUGCGUGUAUUUCCGCCUAAACCAGUCUUUGAAGUGGAAUAUGAAAUGUUAGAGGAGGAGGCGGAGGCGAAUGAUAAUCUGGAGGCGGAUUCCGACUCCGAUUUGGCCAUAUCCAGGACGACAACGAACGGAGAUGAUGAGUUCGUGGCCAGGGAGACGGAAAAGUUGGUUCUACUUUGUGUGGGCUACCUGGAUGUGAUCAAGUUGUUUGGCCACCGGCGCAGCAUGAUAGUUGAACAGUUGUUCCUCUAUCCCAUGCCGGAUGUUCCCAACGAUCUGCGCACAACCGUCCACACGGAAUGGCAUCUCUACACCCUGCUGCCCAUCGCCAAGAAGCUCACCUUCACCAACAUGGCCUUCGUGACAUUUGAGAGCAUCUACAACCUGAAGGAGGAGUACGUUUUGGACCAGGACUCCCUGUGGGUACGGGUCAGUUUUCGCUCCCGGCUGCCGAGUGAUCGAAAUGACUAUACGUUUAUACCGCUCUGUGAAUUCGGGAAUUUUGAGAGGAAGGUAAUCAGCAUGCAGGACAAUCAUCAUGUCUUCGAGUCCUUCCGACGCAGCGUGUAUCCUUGGCAUGUGACUGGGUUAAAGUCGGCCAUGGAGGUGGAAAUGCAUCGACUCUUCUCCGAACUAUUCACCACCGAGGGCAUGACGGUGGACUUUGAGGAAAUCGACAUUGGAAUCGAUGAGGCUCUCGUCUGCAACUCCUUUCACCGCUUUAUCCUGACCCAAAAGAUGGCCGAUAUCCUGUCCUUUGUCAUCACCUGUCAGCAGUAUGUUAUUGCAGUGGAGGUGUUUCAAACUUUUGGGGCCGCCAAGCCACAGAAAGUUUUCCAGGGCGUUCUUGAUCCAUCUAUAAUGGCCUUUCCGGGGGUUCAAAACAUGAGAUUCGCUGUGCAACUGGAUUAUCUGGGAAAAAUUAAGGCCAAAAAGCCGAUGAGCAGCAUAGUUAGUGGAAAGGGCUUGGAGCGCCAACGACUGAUGCCCACAUUUGCCAUCAUAAAGUUGUGUCUGCUGGCGCCAAUUGGUGAGAUCUACAAGGAGCUGAAGGUGUUUCGUGACAGCUUUGUUCGGCAGAAUCGACUGCUCUUCUGCGAUCGUCCUUACAGUUCCCCAAAGGUCUUAACACUGGCCGAGAUCCAAAUGGAAUCAUAUGCCCGAUUCGACAAGUUCAUCCGGGAUUGCAUUGCAUUUAUUAUCGACAAGAAGGUGAUGAAGAUCGAGGAUAAGAAGCAGCAUUUCUGCUGUGCUGUUCAAAACCUGACCAAUAUCCUGAUGAAGUUGGUGGGCAGUGUCUAUAAUACGAGGACUCCCACAUCCUCUAGCGUAGAGUUUGCGAACCUCUGCGCUUUUGCCUACAAUGACUUAGAGCCCCGGAUUCACAAUAUGGUGGAGCAGAUCGAGAACGAGGGCUUUGAGAAUUAUUCGGUCCAUAAGCGACUCCAAACAGAGCGGAUCAUCGACUACUUGAACACCAUCAAACUGCUCCACUUAGUGAAAGAUGAUAGCCUUGCUAAUCUUCUGCUUGAGAAGGCCACCACCGAGUAUCCCAGUGACGAACGCUUCUGGUUCUACAUGCUUAUCGCGUACAUGGAACGUGGCGAUCUGGAAAAGGCCAAAUUGUACUUUAAUUUUAAUCACCUGGCGGACACCCACGACUAUUUUGCGGGCUGGAUUAAAUUGUACAUCAACUACGUGGACACACGAAACAAUCCGGAAACCUCGCCCGACUGUACGGAGUGUCUUUUGAAGAGCAUUACGAACUAUGCUGAGCGGAAUCCUCGGCAACAGGAUGGCUGGAUCCUGCUGUACUGUUACUAUAAAAGGUUCAAAUACGAACCGGGCUGCGCCUUUGCCCUCUGGCGAUUUGCAGAUCAGAAUAGCCACAACCGGGUCAACUCCUCCUCCCAUGCUCCGCACAGCCUUUGGGGUCUUUUCCUAACCCUGACUACAACCUUGGACUCGGUUCGGGGAACCCUGUUCUUCGAAGUCUUCAGGACCUUUGUGCGUCUGGGUCUCUACGAGUUCGCCCAGGUCGUCUUUGCCGCCGUGGAACAUCUGUUCGAUGAUGCCGAUCGAUAUAUGAUCAAUACACAGCUGAUGCUGAUGCUCAAUCAACUGGAUGAGGACUUUGAGUUGCAGAGUUUUGAGUUUGGUGAAGAAGAGGAGGCUGAUAAAGAGGCCGCCAUGAAUGCCCAGAUCAAUGGUAAUGUGGAGUUCCAUCGAGGUAAUCUAGAGGAGGCUGCCUUAUACUAUGAGUGCUGCCUGACCUUGCCCCCUGCCGAGGAUAACGAACGCGAUUCCUUCGAGGUCAGCAGACUGCGACUGGGAUAUAUAUCAUAUGAGUUGGGCAACUACCAGAAAUGCAUUGAAGCUUUGAGCGUGCCAUUCGCUGGCAACCUGAUUUCCCUUGUGGCCAGCUAUAUGCUAGGCAAAUCCUACUAUAAACUAAACGAAUUGGAGAUGGCUCUGAAAUACUUUGCCAUUUGCACCCAACUGGAGACCCAUGUGCCCAAUGUAUGGGGAUUUCUGGCGCUAAUCAACCUGCGACUGGGUGAAAACUACAAGGCUGUCGAGUGCUGGAAGUACGCCAAAAUAGAACCCAACUUUGCCAUCGAUGACAUGAUGAUCUAUGAGGAACUAGAUGCCAUCGACUAUGAUUCCGUUGACUUGUAUAUAGAUUCUCCGAAUCAGUUGGUCGAAGACAUCUUCGCGAACUCACAGUCAAGCUAAUAAUUCCUAUAUUUUGUGUGUGUUUUGUGCUGUGAAUUCGAACCCAUAAAGUCCAUCAUUCUGACUUCUCUAUUCCA